AUGACCUCCGUAACCCGCACGUCGCAGCUUCGCGGCGCUAACGCCGAGCUAAGUGGGCUAGCAGCUCCUGGACGGGUCGCUCUCUCCGCAACACCUCCGGCUUCAGCCAUGACCAAACUUCUGCAGUGGCUGCUCGGCGUGUCGCUGCUCGGCGCCGUCUGGGCGUUGGUCACCUUCGACCUGUUGGGGCUGAGCCUCCCGCGGACGUACAGGGAGGUCGCCUGGCCGAUGCCCGUCUACCUGCUGGUGUCGUUCGGCUGCUACUCCCUGGCCACGGUGGGAUACCGGGUGGCCAUCUUCAACGACUGCGACGAGGCUGCCAAAGAGCUCCAGGAGCAGAUAAAAGAAGCCAAAGAGGACUUGAGGAAGAAAGGACUGAAGAUGUAG